AAGAAGAAGAAGAGGAGCGGAGGAGGACCAGCAGCGUCCAGAACCACCGACACCGACCCGCAGAGAGGAGAAGGACGAGCGGGCGGAACCACAGACAAACAAACAAGCAACAAUAAUAUUAAUAUUGAUAUUAAUAUUAUUGAUCCGUGAGGACGAAACAGGAAGCUCGUGAGCAGCAGCAGGACGGAGGAAAGGAGGGAGGCAGGCUGGAAAUGUUGGAUCGUGGUUCUGAUAGAAGACAGCAGCAGGGGUGAAGCAGCGGACCGGUACCGGAGCAGACAUGGCCCACGUCGGCAACGGAGCGGCGGCCGAGGAGGAGGACUGUUUCGAAGACGCCUACGACCGAAUACCUGCAGCUUGUCAGAUGGACCUGCAGACAGCAAUCCAGGAGACUCAGUGUGCCCUCAAUCUGGUCCUCAACGACAAGUUCUCCGAAGCCCUCGACCUCCUCAAACCAUGGUGGAAGGACAGUAUGUACCACGCGCUGGGCUACAGCAGCAUCCUGGUGAUGCAGGCGACGAUGACCUUUGAGCACAGAGACAUCCAGGCUGCCAUGGCGACCAUCAAAGAGGCGUUACACACCUGUCAGAAAUUCAGGAAGAAGAACUCGGUGGUGGGAUCUUUGUCCAGUCUGAUCAGCAAACAGUCCAACCUGCAGGAAGAGGAGAUGCACGCAGAGAUCUGCUAUGCCGAGUGUCUGCUGCAGAAAGCCGUGCUGACGUUUGUCCAGGACGAGAACAUGAUCAGUUUUAUCAAAGGAGGCAUCAAGAUCCGAACAAGCUACCAGAUUUACAAGGAUUGUCAGAAUGUGCUGAAUGUCACUCCGGAGCAGGCGGGCCAGUCUGAUUCGUUCAGACAGUUUGAGGGCGGAGUCAAGCUCGGGAUUGGAUCCUUCAACCUGAUGUUGUCUCUCCUGCCUCAGAGGAUUUUGAGGUUGUUGGAGUUCAUUGGAUUCUCAGGAAACAGGGGGUUUGGUCUGUCCCAGUUGAGGGAGGGAGCGUCCAGUCAGAGUUUGCGCUCGAUCCUCAGCGCUCUGACUUUACUCUUCUACCACACUUACGUGUCACUGAUACUCGGAACUGGAGAAGGGAACCUGGUGGAGGCCGAAGCUCUGCUGGAGCCCUACAAGCAGAAAUACCCUAAAGGCUCCAUCAUCCUUUUCUACUCUGCUCGCAUCGCCACACUGCGAGGAAACUUUGAGAAGGCCCGGGCGAUGUACGAGGAGUGUAUCAGCAGCCAGCAGGAGUGGAAACAGAUCCACCACCUGUGUUACUGGGAGCUGAUGUGGACUCACUCCUACCAGCAGGAGUGGCAGCAGGCGUACCACUACGCUGACCUGCUGUGUAAAGAGAGCCGCUGGUCCAAGGCAAUCUAUGUGUACCAGAAGGCCGCCAUCCUCAGUAUGAUGUCAGAGGAGGAGGUGAAGAGGACGGGGGAGGACAUUGUGGAGCUCUUCAGGCAGGUGGAGGGGCUGAAACAGCGCCUGGCAGGGAAGUCGAUCCCAACCGAGAAAUUUGCAGUGAGGAAGUCCCGACGCUACAAAGCUGCUAACCCCGUCCCUCUAGUCAUCCCCGCACUGGAGAUGAUGUACGUUUGGAACGGUUUCACCAUUGUUGGGAAGCGAGCCGACAGCACAGAGGCCCUGCUGGUUACCAUAGAGACGGCUGAGGAGCAGCUCCGCAAUGACUCGAACCCAUCAGAGUUUCAUCCUGAUGACAGCUGUCUGGUCCAGAUGUUGAAGGGACUCUGCCUGAAACACCUGGGCCGGUUACUGCAGGCCGAGCUCUGCUUCACCCAGGUCCUGUCCAGUGAGAGUCGCAUCAGAUACGAUCACUACCUGAUCCCCUUCACGCUCUAUGAGCUGGGUCUGCUGUACAAACUACAGGGAGACUUCACCAAGGCCACCACGUACAUCGAAAAUGCCAAGAUGAACUACAAGGACUACUCCAUGGAGUCCAGACUGCACUUCAGGAUCCAUGCGGCCCUCAACAGCCUGAAGGGAUCACCUGUCGGCACCCCAUAAUACUCCGAGACAACUCUCACUGCAGCUGGAAAUAUAAAUCCAGGGAGUUCCCUCAGAACGAUCCGCCCUUUAAUGAAGAACUUAGGUGUGUCUGGGUUCGAUCAUGUGUCCAGCAGGACUGUCUUUAUCUUCUUUGCUAGCAACCUUAUACUUUAUUUUAUUUUUGCCUUAUUUAUUUGUCAGUCGUGUGGACAGAUGAGAUUAUUUAACCUCUCACCUCAUCUCAAACAGACUUCCUGUCAGAGACUUUAUUGCCAAAUGUCAAUUUAAUCAGCGCGCCACUGGUUCACGACUCGCAAGGCUCGUUCACUCUGAGCUGUUCUGCACCGGAGACGCUCAAUGACUUUAAAAUAUCGAAUUCAGGGGGAGUGCUGCAACUUUUUAUGAUAUAAAAGCACAAGGUAGGAAAAGGUUAAAACUUUCUGACGCAGCACGGAUCACCUGGUCAACUGACAGGCGAUCGAUCGAUGUCUGAUCCUGGUCGGUGAACGCUCCAUCUGAACGAGCCCUGAAGUCCAAACGGUGCUGUUAGAAAAACAAACAUAGCCUUAAAUUUAAGUUACAACACAGCAACUUUGCUCACAAACACAUUUUGUAUAUUUUUCUGACAGAAUCAUGAACACUGACAGAUGUUAACGAUGUUGAAACUGAAGAAGCCGCAGGGAGGCGAGUGUGUCGUCACAGUAUUUAUGCUUUAUAUCGUCUUUAUUUCUCCUUUUGUUGAUUUCCCUAAUGAUGCGUCAUGCCACACGUGCACACCGACGUGCACAUGCAAUCACAGCCUUCUCACCAACCGUGGCUUAAAUACAACACACACACAUACACACAACAUGAUACACACUCAUUUGACGGCUGUAAACACACAUUUAGCAGCAAUAUGAAGAACCUGUGCUGUCGGUCAGUGUGAGUCCACGUCCAACAGUCGGUCGUCUCACUGUAGUUUCUCGGAGGCAGAGCAGCAGCUUGUGAGGACAUCAACCUCACUGAGUAACACUACACUACCCACAAUCCUGAAGUGUAACGGUGACAUUUGUGAUGGCACCCGUGUUACUGCAGUCGCGAUCGGAUCAGCAUCAAUACGUUUACUACAGAGACUCAUGUUCAGGAAGUGCCACGCUAAAUAAGAGGGGUACUUUUAUUAAGGCCUAAUCAGCCUAGAAGCUUAGUUUGGAAACUACAGUUCAAUUCGAGCUAAAUGCUAACGGCAAAGUUUAGCAUUACUGUGACAACGGCUUGUCUCAGCUCAUCUCUGAAAAUAAGUAAUAAAUAAGUUAAUUAACUGAUUUCUCUGUAGUAAUGCAGUUGUGUAAAAGCUUCUUUUUGCUCAUAUUUUUGGUUUUCUAGCCCUCAGUUUUUUAUUUCUGUCCAAGAAUCAAACAGCAGAACCUUUGACUCAACACCUGCUCUAGUUAAACAUGAAUUAGCCAAAGAAAUUAGCUUCUUUAUUGGCUAAAACAUAUUUCUGUCUUCACACAGUGCAGCUCUGCCUCGUUGUUGUGUUUGAGCUGCUAAUGUCAUGACGGUUGUUUGGGGUAGAUGGCGGUUUAUUUUUCUUUUGUUAUACUAUUGUAUUCUAUUAUACACUUGAAUUAUGUAGAUCAACAAUAUAUAUAUGAAGUGAAGUUGGUUUAAUUUAUGUACUGAUUUAUAUAAAAAAAAAGCACAAUCUCCAAUCACCACCAUGAUUUAACCACCCAACUGUGGUUACACUCAAUAUUAACUUCACACAUCAGAUACAACAGUGUACAUGUUAGCAGAGUUAGCUUAACCGCAUCUUUGCUUCCAUUUUAAACAUUGGGAUGAAGGACACACUUUUCCUGGAGUCUCGUCAGACUUGAAUAAAUACGACCGUGGUAACAAUUAGCCUUCUCCCAUUAAUGAAUGUAUCAACUUAAAGACCAAAUUACAUGUGUGUCUUGUUGUCUUUUGUUUGUUCGUGUGUAACUUGUGCCUGUUCGGGUGUAAUUUCCAUUGUGUGUGAUCUGAAACUUCUUUACUUCUGAACAACCUGAUUCGCCAAGUGCAGUAAAUAUUCAGGAGCUAAGUCAAUAAUAGUUUUACACAAAAGACCAGAGACCUCUAUGUAAAAGAGUUGUGGCAAUAAGUAUAUAUUUAAUAUGAGCCCCAGUAGUGCCCAUAUAGUACGAUCAACUGCUAAUGCUAGGAAACUGCCAGCAGAGCUUUUAGCAAAUGUUUUUGCUUUGGUAAGAAUAAAAUUUAACUGUGGUGGUUUAGCAUCACACUCCUAGCUGAACACCAGCAGCAUUAGCAUUUUCUCUGUCAUCAUUUGCCAUAAAAUGCUAACAUAUUACACUUUCUAACAUAAAGAUAUAUUAAAUAGUGUAUGCUCGCAUGUGUAAUGCUAGCCAUAGAUUGUUGCUCUCAUAUAUUAGCAUUACGGUCAUGUCACACUGUUUUUCUGAAGGACAAAUUUCACUGCACCCCUAGCUUAAUGCUGCAGUGUUAGCAUGUCUCCUGUCAUCAAUUACUAUAAUAUGCUUAUAUAUUGUAAUUACUCGCACAAAAUAUACUACAUUUUUAGCAUUAUUUCUCAUUUCUAUAGCCUCAUCAACUGCAAAUGCUAGGAAACAGCCAGUUAAGUUUUUUGCUAAUGCUAUGUUUUGCUGUAAGUCUGCUAUUAUAUGAUGAACAAAGUGCUUUAUUAUUUAAUUUAAUGAAAUUUACCAUCAAACCUCUAGCUCAAUGCUACAGUGUUAGCAUGUUGCCUGUCAUCAUCAUUUAUCAUAAUAUGCCAAUAUAUUGUACUUGCUAGCAGAGAAAAUUCUAAAAUAUUAGCAUUAUUGCUUGACAUAUUUUAUACUUGUGUGCAAAAUGUUAGCUACAGUUUGUACACUCCCAAAUAUGUGUAUGAAAAUAUAAAAUAAGGAAUAUGACAUCGGAGCCCAUUUCUGUAGUCCCAUCAACUGCUAAUGCUAGUAAACUGCUUUUUGACAAAUAAUGCAAGUUUUGCUAACAGAAGAACAGAACAAAUACUCACAUAUCUCACAGAAUAUUAUAAUCAGUAAUAUAAUCAGUUUGGUGUCAUAUGACUUAGUUAACAACGCUGUGUGUUUUAGCAUUGGAGCUUAAUGCUACAGUGUUAGCAUGUUGCCUGUUACCAUAUGCUAAUAUAUUGUGCUUGAUAGUAUAAAAAAAAGAAUAUUAAGACAUAAAAAUAUAAACAUAGAUUAAGUAGAGUCAUAAUUUACGAAAUGUGUUAAAAAAUCUUUAUUUACUGUCGGUGAUAUUGAUCAUCUGGGGUUUGUCUUUCAAAAAUCUAUUUUAGCCAGAUGUGACAAUCAGUCAAUCUCACUGUAAAUGUCCGGUGAUCUACAGGAAACGAGUGAUUCACAGCAUUUCAUUGUCACAACCUUUUUCUUAUAGAAGGCUUUGGUUCAUGUGUCAUCACGUUGUUCAUGUCGUGCCUCUGUGUCUCUUUGUUCAGCUGUAAUCCUGAACAGGGUUUUCUGUAGGAUUUGCAUUGCAUGUUAUUCUACGUUAUGUUUCAUUUUCUUUGUCUGACAUAAGACUGACUGUGUGUGAUUUACGGCAGCAGGCGGUACGACCGGCUUUACGGUUACAGAAGAUGAUCCAUGUGGUGCAAUAAAAUGAAAACAGAAGAAUAAUUGUUGAUGUUGAGUGAUGUGGUGUUUUCUGUUAUUACUGCUGAUUUUACGUCUGUGUGCCUCUUUGUGUGUCCAACUUUUAAUUGUUUCUUAAUUAUUUGGCCUUAUAUGUAUUCUAAAUGUUUCAAGAAGGUUGUGCAGUGUAGUUUACAUAAUGUUAAAGCAAUGAUCCGGGAUUUGCAGAGUUUUAUCACAUAGUGAUCAUCACAAACAAUAAGCUCCUCUGAGUCUGUUUGUAUUUGUGACAUGUUUGUCUGUAUUCACUGGUGACUAAAUGGGAACUACAUUUACCAGAAAAAACAUAGUGAAUGGAUACAAAUGGUUGUCUCAACGCUUUAAACAUGAACUACCCAACAAACUAAUUCACCAGAAGAUUUUGUGAAAUGAGAACAUCGUGAAAGACCACACUAGCAGCACAACUGUUAGCUUAUUUGACAGAAACUGAUUGUUUCAACCACUAAACUGAAAUAUUGGCAAGCUUGAGCCAAUUUGUUUUGAUUGAUAAAUGGCCGAGCUCAACUAAACAUCAUUAGCCAUGAGACUGAAAUGUGAGCUAAGAUAAAACAUAGCAAAGAAUCUACUGUCUUUGACACUGAAUAAAACCAUUGGCUAACCUGAAAAAUGCUAUUUUUGUUGCCAGCCAAAUUUGUUACAUGUCAGACUGACUAGCUAGCCUGAGCGAAAUUGUUUUAGCAACCAAAAGCUAAUGUAAGUUAGCCUGAACCAGCUAUUGUAACUGUUAGCUAAUCUGACAGAAAGAGGGCGAAACAGCCAGCUAACCAAACGUGACACUAAAAUUAUAGCUAAUCUGAAAAUAAUUGUUUUAGCCAGUGUGCUUAAAUGUUAGCUUGCUUGAACUCGUUUUUUUUAAUUGCUAGCUCACCUAGAUUUUAUUAGCUAUGAAACUGAAAUGGUAGCUAUGUCAGUCUGUUUUAGAUAUUAAACUAAAGCAUUAACAAAGCUAAACUAAUCAGGUUAAGGCAUUACAGUUACUAUAAACGGUAAACUCAAUUAUUAUGAUAACUGAACUUUAAGCUAACGUUAACAAAACUGUUUCACUGUUGAGUUAAACUGAAUGUUAAGCUAAACUUGGAUAAACACAUGAAAAGUGUCAGAUAAUCGUUAAAUAAAUAGAUAAUUUCUUGUAUCUUGGUUGUUUUACAACAUUCAAGCUAGCUUCUUAAGUAAAAUGGUGGUUGUAAAUUUGAUGAAUGACUGCUGUGAGUGGAUGAAAAGGUUUGUUGUUUGUGUGCAUUAUGUAUUAAUGUAUAUUAUUUACUUUGUGUGAAAGUGCAAUACAUUUUGAAAGCCAUAAUUCUUUUGCUAGUUGCCUUUAUACACUCAAGGACACAAUAGCUUCUUCCUUCCUUUGUACUGAACAUGCUGGAGGCGCUCGACAUGUUGUUUAAUCCUUUUGUCUAGACUUGAAACAAGAUUUGAAACAAUGCACACUAAUAACGAUCUGUCCGAUCUGACCUCUAGCUAGCUUUAGCUCUGAAGCUACACUCAUUUCACUGCUAGCACAGGACAAAGAGACGUAUGACUCUGACUCAUCAGUCGAUCGGUGUUCAAUCAUUGUUCCAUGUUCUGAUCCGAUCAUUUGGAGAACUCUGUUGUUGAUUAAAUGUCUGUCAGACUUCUGAUUUCAAGAACCGGCUUGUAGCAGCUAAUGCUAACGACAUACCACCAUUUUUGUGCUGUAUUCAAGCAGAAACGGGUCAAAAGUAUAAAUGUUUGUUUUAAGUCUGUCAAUGAAAACUUGUCACAUCUGAUCAAUAAUGGUUUUGAUUUGUUAACAUGAUGUUGUCGACCUCACAGUCUGACUGGUCAGUCAGCAGGAAGUCUCUCUGCUGAUCUUUGUCUGCUUCAAACUCAGAACCAAAUAAAUGUUCCUGAUCUGAAACUCGA